GAGUGAGUUCUAUUGCUAAGAUGAGCGAACAUGUUGCCAUCGAGCAUCGAGGUGUAUUCAAAAGCAGCUGCGCCAGCGGAGGAGGCUCAGUUGAUAACUGGAGGCUGGGGCUGUCGUAAUGCGAGGCGUGGCAACAUCUACAUAAUGGUCACCCUAAUACUCAUACUCCUGCACAUACUGCUGCUGCCCCUCUACGUCUACCUCACCUGGCACCACAAGUACUGGAGCAAGCGGGGCUUGAUCACGGCGAAGCCCUUGACUCUGCUGGGCACCUAUCCGGGUCUGCUUACCCGCAAGAGCAAUCUGGUCGUGGAGGUGCAAAACAUCUACAAUAAGUAUAAAAGCAAGCAUCGCGCUGUGGGCGUUUUUGUCACGAGACAACCCCAAAUCCUGGUGCUCGAUCCCAAGCUGGCCCAUGAGAUUCUCGUGGGCAACUUCCGCUGCUUCAAGGACUCGCUGACCAGCUCCUACAUACAGCAUGCCAAGUGGGACAAGUACGCCCGGCGUAAUCCCUUCUGGGCAUCCGGCGACACCUGGCGACGUCUGCGCUCCGAGGCUCAGGCGGGGCUAUCGGCGAAUCGCUUGAAGCGUGGCUACGGCAUUUGGGAGCAGAGCGGCCGGAAGCUGACCAAGUACAUGGCGGAGCACCUAAACAAUAAUAUGCUGGAGACCAGAGAUCUCUGUUUUCGAUAUACAGCCGAUGUGAUGUGUGAUUUCAUAUGGGGCAUCGAUGCGGGCACCUUGACCCACCACACGACAGAGCCCAACAAGGUGCAGCAGAUGGCCAGCAAGUGGACCAACUACGCCUUCUACAUGAUCUCCAUCUUUAUGGCAUCGAUCAUAGCUCCGUUUAGUCGGCUGCUGCUGCGCUUGCGCUUCUAUCCCAAGGACACGGAUGAGUUCUUUUCGAACCUGACCAAGGAGUCGCUUAACUUGCGCUUGAAGGCCGGCGAGGAGCCGCAACGCGUUGACUACCUAUCGCAUCUGCUGAGGCUGCGCGACGAGAAGAAUGCCUCGCACGAUGAUCUGGUGGGCCAUGCGCUAACCGUUAUGCUGGAUGGCUACGAUACCACAGGAACUGCGCUGCUUCACGCGCUCUACUAUCUGUCGGAGUUUCCCUCUGCUCAGCAAAAGCUGCGCACGGAGUUGCGCCAGAGCACGGAGCACGAGAAAUCCCUGGACUACGAUAAGCUAAGCCAGUUGCCCUACCUGGAGCAGGUUGUCUACGAAUCGUUGCGCUUGAGCAGUUUGAUACCUCAAUACACGAAAAUCUGCACAGAGUCCACGUUUCUACAGCUGAGCGAGACUAGGCGCGUGGAGGUGGAGGAAGGCAUGACCGUUAUGAUACCCAAUUAUCAGUUUCACCACGAUGCCAAAUACUUUCCCGAGCCGGAGGCAUUCAGGCCAGAACGGUUCAAUAAUGGGGAGCACAUCAAGCUGGUACAGCAGGGCAUUCUGUUGCCCUUCAGCGAUGGUCCACGCAUAUGCAUGGGUAUGCGCCUGGCUCUGCUGACACUCAAGUCCGCACUGUUUCACAUCGUCAGCAACUUUCAAAUUGUGCGCAGUAAGCAGAAGAUAGUCACGGAUGGAGACUCGGGCUUCGGGGUCGUACUGCAAGGUGAUAUCAAUUUGGAAUAUCGUCGCUUUGCUCGAUAGCAAUAGGUUUUCAACU